CGACGGCAGCAUACCUUGCCACCACAACUGCAAGUAUCCCGCCGAGCUUAGACCAGCGUUGUCCCAUGCUAAUUGAAUCCUAGAGGUACUAUGAUGGCCAGGAAGGUGCCUGCGGUUGCGGUACCUCCUCCGGUCUCGACUCCUGGCAGGUCCGUUCAUCCUGUUCUGAAAUCGACCCGCUCCUACUGACCCAACCUCGCAUAUAGCUCGGCAUUACCACCGGUGUUUAUACUGCGGCUGGCUCGCAGGCAUUUUUCGAUACCGAUGGAGCUUCCUGGUGCGGCGCUGGGUGUGGAAAAUGCUACAACCUGACCUCAACCGGUAGCUCUGCCUGUGAUGGUUGCGGCACGGGGGGAGUUUCUGGCGAGAGCAUCAUCGUCAUGGUUACCAACCUUUGCCCUUACAACGGCAACGAGAAAUGGUGCCCGCAGGUGGGCUCGGAGAACGACUAUGGUUACAGCUACCAUUUUGAUAUCAUGGCCGAGAGCGAGGUGUUCGGUGACAACGUGGUGGUGGACUUUGAACCUGUGGCAUGCCCUGGCCAGGCUGCGUCGGACUGGGAAAGCUGUAUCUGCUACGGCCAGACCGAGACCGACACCACCCCAGCUGGUAUGAGCUCCGCGGACAGUUCGAGGUCAUCGUCAACAUCAUCAAGCACGACCACGACUUCGAAAGCCACCUCCACCACCACCACCACCACCACUACGACGAUCUCUGUCGCCACUACCCUAGCCACGGCUAAGGCUACCACUGUCGCGAAAGAAGAAGAAACCGCCACUUCGGCCGCUCCUUCCCUGGCUACCACCAAGGCCACAUCGACCACCACCGGCGAAGGGACAUCAACCGCCAACGCACCCAGUGCCACGCAAUCGCUGUACGGACAGUGCGGAGGGAUUAACUGGACCGGAGCCACGGCCUGUGCAACGGGAUCCACAUGCACCGUGAUGAACCCGUGGUACUACCAGUGCGUGGAAUAGGGUGGCAUUUCUCACAUCGGUUAAAAUAGCAUAGCAUGAUCUCUAGUUGGUGGAAGUAGCAUAUCUUGACUGCGGAUUCCUAAAGCUCACUGGGUCUAGCUAUCUUUUUUUUUUUCUUUCUUUCCCCUGUAUGAAUAGAAGAAUAUACUUUAGAUUUCUUGAACAGCGUACAAAGCAUAUUUCAUUACCUGCUGCUACCCAUGCUGGGAGGGGAGUUCCUCACUAGUAGUGGAGGAUGCAGGAUUCUCCUCGCGGCGGCCAAUGUAUGGACUCAUCUUGAACA